AUGAGCAUCAGCGGAGAGGACAACGAGAUUAUACUGAACGCGAGUCUAGCGAAUUCGCCCAACUCGGAAGACGUCAUCGCAGAGAGUAGUCGCGUGUUUCUCGAGAAAAUCAACACAGGAGGUUGGCUCUGAUUGAUCCCGUUUUCUAAUCUAAUCAAUCAAUAAUUUCAGUCUCGAUGAACUCGAACGCAGUGAAAAGCGGCAUUGACGACAUUGCCGCCCGAUUAAAACAGAACGGAAACAGUGCGGCGACAAGCACCGCAAAGAGCAACGGCCACAAUCUCCCGGUCGAUCCGAACACAAUCUCAAAUCACAAUCCGGCGAUGCAGCUGAUCUGUGUCGAAUGCGGAGUGACAAAGGCCAACUCGGAGGAAAUGGAGAUUCACAUUAAAACGGAGCAUCUCAAUUGGCUUCCCUUCCAGUGCCCUGUGUGUCUCCAUGAGCGUGCUUCAGAUUCGCAGAUGAGGGAACAUCUUCAUUCGGCUCAUCAGAAGAACAUGAGCAAGUUCAUCUACGUGGAUAAUGUGACUGCGAAGAGAAAGUUGCAAGUGCUGAUGGACAAGUCCUUCACAAUGAACGUAACGAACAGGGUGAACGCCUCGAACGGCGGCUCCUCUUCCACUCACACAUCGCCCAGCAGUUACCGUGGUAAUGCCCACUCAACGCCUUCUUCCGGCAGAAACACUUCCACCUCUAACGGCAGUUCGGCUGCUACGGCCACGGCCACUGCACAGGCCGCCGCCACUGCCAUCGUCGCUCAUCACAAGGAAAAGGAAAAACAACAGCAUCAGGCGACUGUAGAUUUCCUGAAACUGCUCGAUUUCACAGUGAAUGCAGCAGAUUCGACCGACAAGCAAUCCUCUUCUGCGAAGGCCUCCGGCAGCAGUAGAAAGCGUCCGUACGUUCCGACUUCAGCCACAGAAUCCAUUACAACUAUGGAGCUCGGUCCGACAAACGCCGACUCGUUCCUUGCCACUUUGAACUCGUUCAGUCAUGCACAGACUCCGGAAAACGAGGAGAAUGAUCAUCGUAAGUAAUUGAGGGAAGCUGCUCUUUGGGGUAACAAGUUGUUUCGUAGUUGCAGCCACCUCGUUCUCUCUGGAUGACCUCAACAUCGACAGCAAUUCCACGUUGGCUUCCCUUUUCGGAGGGGGCUCCAAAAAAAUAAAAUAUGAGGAGAACGACAUGCAGAACGAUUCUGUGGAUGACGCUCUGGACGGUCUCAAUCCGAUCUCUGUGCUCGAUAACGUCGCCGCUUUGUUCGGAUCUUCGAAUCCCGAGAGAGGGGUGGAACCGGAGGCGAAAAAGACGUCGAGCAUCUCGAAGAAGAGAGUGCUCGGAGAAUGCUCCAAAUGCCAAAAGCCAGUGACCGCUGGAGCCAGACAGAUGCACAUGUUCUUCCAUUUGGCGAAAGACGAGAUGAUCUUCCGUUUCCGUUGCAAACACGACGGUUGCGCCGUCGAGCACUAUCGCAAGGAUCAGAUGGAAAACCAUCAGUCGAAGGCCCACGGAAGAAUCGAUCCGGACAUGAUGGAGGACCGAUCGCUGGAGCUCUUCCAGAAGUGUCAGGUGCGUCAACGAGCAUCCGCUCUCUCACCAUCAUUCACUUCACUUAUUAUUUGGUCGAUGUCGUAAAAUCUAUGUUGUUAUACUAGCCGUAGUCAGUCACACUCUUUUUUCAGCGCAUUUACAGAUGUUUGAGCUUUUCAAACAGCAAAAAACGAAUAGUAAUUGUUGUGAUAACAUUUCUGUAAAACUCGUUCUCUAAAUAUUCGUCCAUUCGAUCACAUCGUCGCCAUCAUCUGAAUGUUCAUCUUCAGGAGUUGAAUCACGAACUUUUCGUUGCUCACCGUCACGGACAUCGCGCGAGCCCUCACCAGUGGUCGGGUGGCUCGGCUGAUUUGGCCGGCUACCAGGUUGGUGUAGUUUGGUGGUGGUGCCCUUUCAAUCUUUCCGCUCCCUUCCCAUCUACCUCCUCUCGCGUCCUAACAAUAUGCUCGUGCAUGUGAAAUGAAUGUGAAUGUGUUUGUGGAAUGUGAUCGUUGGAAGUUUAAUUGAUCUGUUUUGAUGGGCCUCUGGCUCAUUAGGACUCGCUCAAUUUCAUUUCCAUUUGAGUUUGUCUUCGUUUUGAAUGUCCUGUCUGCCCUCCCACUCUCACAAAACCAUAAACCUAUAAACCUCUCUGAUAACUAACCGAGUGAAGACUAUGUGCCUGGGUUUUGCAGGAUCUCUCGAUGGAGCUGCUCGGCACAAAGAAUGGCACAAUCCCAGGACCGACGGCCGCCAAAGCGGAAAUUGCCUAUGCUGCUCAGCAGGCCGCCAAUGCUCAAAGGGUAAGGGCCAGAAGCAAUGGAGCGUCCUCGACUUCCCCGACUCCGUCCUCUUCAUCGACAGCCUCUACUGUAUCCAAUGGGAACCCUGUUCUUGCCGUGUGAUUCUCCCCGUUUCCCACUUUCCCUCCCCCCUUUCUGACCGUUUUUUUUUCUGAGAGUUUCAACUAACCACGGUGAGCUCUGCUGGCAACAGUUUGAAAGCUUUCGGCGUCAACUGUUAUCAGCAGAGCUUCUCUGUUCCCUCUCACAUUUCAUUCAUCUCGGCCCCUUGCCUGAGUGUGUUUUCCCUUUUCCCUAUUGCUCCCUUCCCUUCCAUCGUCAUUUUCCUCUUCUGUUCCACACAUUCCUCCAUUUCAGAACGCCCAAAAAUCGAAACUCCCCGGAACGUCUUCGCUGGUCGGCUCCACAUCUGGCUCCACAAACGGUACGGAUUUCAAAAUAACCAUAGGACCGCUGUCUGUCGCGAGUGACGAUUAGGCUACUCUCUCAGUGUGUCGUGUCGUGCGUGUAUGCUACUCAAUAGGAAUCUUGAUUUUUUAUACGUUUCUGUGUUACAUUUUAUGAAAAAAGGGUGAGAUGAUGUGCGCGCCGGCCGUUUCCUCGGAUUCAAAUUAAAAGCUAAAUAGAAAAGAGAGCACAGAAAACAUUGCUCUCCAACUCGAAGUCACUCUUAUUCUGGGAGUUGAAGGUGGUUGCUGAUGCCCCCUUUUCGCACUAACCUUUCUGUUCUCCCACCCGUCCAUUCGACUCUGCCAUGCUCUCAAACCCUCUCGCUCUAAUCACAUUCAUUUCACUCCAUCGCUUUUCUCAUCCUUCACGUCCUCCCCCCCCAUUCCGAGUCCUUUGUCCAAUGUCCAUACCGGAAAAAAACUGUCCAUCCUCUUCAUACUUUAUGUGACUUUUUGUUUUGGGAGACGUUAUUUUAGGAUAGAUAGGAGCUCAAUGCAUGUAGGACCCUAACAAUGUUAAAAUUCACAGAAGCCCUUUAUGUUACUCUGUUUCUCUCCAUCUCUGUUUUCCUCACCUAGAACUUGGGUUACUGUAGCCGUCUGGAUCUGUAGAAUGUAGAGCACCCAUUCCCCUCAACUUAUAUAAUCAACUAUUGAACGAGGUAAGCGGUGAUAGACUCUCGCUUCAAUCUGAAAACGGUGAAACGGCGGCCCCAUCGGUCUUCCCUUUGUGUCCCCCAAUGUAUCAAUAUUGUGUGUUCGUCGUGUCGAUCCGGUUACUGCUCUCCCACUCGUUCUCUUUUCUUCGUGUUGUGCCGCCGCUCCCACUGAUCCCCGCAGACCUCUUUUCCUUUCUCACUUCUACUUUUAGAAUCUAUCCUGUUCAUAUUUUAACCUAAUGAGUCUCAUGUAGAUUAUGCCACAAUUCUCUGUUUAUUGGGUCCCUUUAUACUAGUUUUACCCCUUUUUCAGCCCCCAAACCCUCCUCCCCCUCCCACAAACCACACAGAUCCUCCACUUCUCAUGUCAUUUUCCUCUUUUCCUGUUUCCCAUUUUCUGUAGAAUCCCCCCAAAUAUCACAGACCACCUUCUCUUUCCCCGAAUCGGUUGUGAAAUAAUAACGACGCAAUUUUCAAAAAAAAAUAAGAUCUUGAAAUUAUUGAGAUUAAUAAAAGCGGAAUAAUAAAUGAGUAUGAAUCCGACGAAGGGCUGGCGUGCGCAUGAAUCUCGAAAGAGCCGAGCGCCUUUUCAAUUAAUCGUUGGUUUCAGGCUUCGGACCGCUCAAGCUCGUCCCCGAUGAGGACCAUCCACUCCAAUGCCGACUUUGCGGAAAGACCAUGCAAAAUAGAGUGAGUACAAAAAAACGAAGAAUUCGAGUACUCAUGUUCAACUUGUUUCUUGCAGAUCCGUGGAUUCCACAUUCUCUGGCAUAUGGCCAAAGACAAGGGAAUCAAUCGAUACACUUGCAAGUACUGUAAUUUCGGACACGACCGUUCGCAAUCCGUCCAAGUGCACGGCAAGAAGGAGCACGGAACCGACGACUGUGUGGAGGAUCGCAUCGGAGAAUAUCAGGACGAUGUGAAGGAAAUGUCCGAGAAUUGCUUUGGAAUCUCCUCUCUUUUCGCUCAAGAGAGCAAGAGAAAGAACAAGUUCCCGGCGGCGCCUCCAAGAGAAAUCAAAGACAUCGCUUCGAUAGUGAGCAGCGGAAACGUGUCGCCGCUUUUAGAGCAGGAUGAAGAAGCCUCGAAUGACACGAUCAUCAAGGAGAAUGCGAAGCCGCUCGAUCUGAUCAAGGAAGAAGGUGAGGAGAUGGAGGAGGAAGAGCAGGAACACGAUCAGGAAGCGGAUGACGAUGAGGGUGACGAAGAAGAGGAUGGAGAAGAGGAAGAAACUACUCCCGUGACGAACGCCAAGAAGAAGAAGUGGCGUCGUGCAUUCAACAUCCGCUCCAAGAAGUCCAAGAAGCAGAAGGAGGACACUGUCGUCGCCCGCUCCGUCUCCAUUCUCAUCGGCGGCGCUCAGUUCUACAAGAAGAAGGUGAACGAGUUCUGCUAUUGCGAAAAGUGCGGCAAGCUGACCAACAGCCGGCUUCCCGAGCACGCGUACACCCACAUGAGCGGAGUGGAGCUCUACUCUUGCUCCGCGUGUUCAUUCGGCAAUCAGUGCAAGGAUACGGUGAUGAAGCACAUGCGGGACAGCCAUCCGGGCUGCGCGGAACGGUGUGUCGACAACCGACUCGGCCACAUCAAGGACAUCAAAAACAUGCUCGGCGAGUGCUUCCCCGCAUUCUUUGUUGAUCAUCCAUUGCCGACAAGAGCCGAUAUUGAGAAAUUGUGAGUGCCUGAUAAGUGCCUCAAACCGUAAACCGCUUCUUUUUCUUACAGAAUGAUUCUCGCGAAAGGCGGAGACCUCAAAAUCGGCGGAGUUGAAAAGUAUCUGAAAGAGGAGUGCGAUGAAGACGACGAAUCGUUCGAAACUCCAGAAGACGAGGAGGAAGAAAUGGAAGAGGAGGAGGAAGAAGCCGUUGCUUCCGAAUAA